AUGUCUUCGCAGAGCAACACGACGAGCUUCAACAACAACGACUCCUCCGUCAACGGUUGGAACAUGAGACAGCUCGCGAUCUUCAUCCCCUUUGCCACUUUCUUCCUCUGCAUCUGGAUCAUGUGGCUGCGGGUAGGAUACCCCACGUUUCUGAUCAUGAAGGCCAUCCAACUGAGCGAGGAAGGCCUGCGGCGAGAGGAGGAGAACAGAUCGCAGCACGACUCUGACAACGACGAAGACGACCGGUCGAACAACUCUCUGGUGUCUGUUGGUGAAGUCGACACAAUGUGGAGGGAACAGCAAUCGGCGCAGGUGAAUGAGAUGUCCGACAAGAAGGCAGAUGUGAGGAUGGAUCAAGUUGAAGAGCAAGAAACAUCGGCCGGCAUUGUUGUUGAGGACAUGGAGAGCCGGCAUGCCUCUGUACAUGUCAACAUUGCACAGGAUCUGAACGAGACGGAGGAGAAGCUGAGGGAUGUGGAGGUUCAGAUUGAGCGGCUGCAGGGUAGAAUGUUGGAGCGACAAGUCAGUGAGACUUUGUGUUGA